AUGCCUUUAGCCACGUCGUUUCCUAAGGAGCAGGCCCAACGGGACCUCCAAGAGAAGUGCAAGGAGCUGGAAGCCAGCGCGGAGGCGGCUUCAGAAGCGAAGUUGAAGCUUGUGACCGAGCUGGCUGAAAGGGACCGAGAACUGGCGGAUGCGAAGCUGGCCAAGAACCCCGUCGAGGAUCCGCAGGCAAAAGAUCAUGAGAUCGCUCGGCUGCAAGAUCAGCUUGCAAAAGCAACAGCAGACCUGCAAAGAAGCUCCGAGAAGCCAGACGAAUUGCGCGGCGAGCAAGACCAACAACCUUUGCUGAAAGAGAGUGAGCAGGCCCAACGGGACCUCCAAGAGAAGUGCAAGGAGCUGGAAGCCAGCGCGGAGGCGGCUUCAGAAGCGAAGUUGAAGCUUGUGACCGAGCUGGCUGAAAGGGACCGAGAACUGGCGGAUGCGAAGCUGGCCAAGAACCCCGUCGAGGAUCCGCAGGCGAUGGGUGGGUUGCAAGAUGAGCAUAGCGAAGCAGAAGCCAAUCAUCAAGGAAGCGCCAUAGAGUCGGAGGAUGGCAAGCAAGUGCGGCAACUUCAGGAGCAGCUAUCACGGCAAGAGAGCGAGCUUCAGCGCCUGAUGGUAGAGCUUGAAGAUGCGAACGUGGCACUUGCUGCCAAAGAUGAAAAGCUCGACAGUCCCAGCUCGCGAGCUUCGUUCCAGAUCUCGCCAAGCUACUGGGAGACCGUGGAGCUGCAGGCCUUGAAAGAGGAGCUCCAGCAAAGAGAUGCCGAGGUGCAACGCCUUCGAACGAGCCUCGCUGAUGCCGAGACAAAGAUUCCAAGCGUCAAGGACGAGGAGACCUUGAAGGCCACGGUGCCCAAGUCCGUCAACCACUGGGGCUUUCGGCUUCAGCGCGGACUGGUCUAUGAGGUGAAGAAAGGAGGCUGGGCUGAGGCCGUGAGCCUGAGACUGGGCGAUCGGUUGUUGACGAUGCAGGGAAGGCCCGCUGCAGACUACAGCAGGGAGGAGUUCGACCGAGUGAAGUCUGAGCGGCCUCUGCAGCUGAAGUUUCAGCGUGGCGGGCGGAGGCAAGCAGAGGAGGUGGCGUCGACGAGGAUUCAAGCCAACUGGAAGGGCAAGAAAGCGCGGAAACUCCCGCAGAUCGAGGCUCGGCUUCGCAUUGGGGACGGCGAGAUCUUGACGGCGACGGCGGAGGGACGUGCCGAGCUCGGCUUCAAGCUUGAGCGCUGGCCACCAGCCCCGCGGGUGCUGGUCCUCUCUGUCCGAAGAGGUGGCUGGGCAGGAGGAGUUGGGAUGAAGCCAGGGGACGAGCUGCUGACGGUGAAGGGCCAUUCCCUCCAGCACCUUGACCGCGGAAAGUUCCAAAAGCUUAUCGACAAGGAGCGUCCGCUGGAGAUCACUUUUUGCCGCGGCACGAAGGAAGACGUGCAAAGGAUUGCAUCAAGCAAAAUUCAGGCAGGCUGGCGACAGCGACGUGUGGAGGAGGGCAGUGCGCCCAAGGCAGCAAGCCACCCCCCAGCCGCACCUGCGCAAGCGCGGAUCUUUGCCAUGAUCAGCGAGAGCACCGAGGGAGCCACCGCCUCCGAGCUGAAGGGGCAGCUGGCAGAAAGGGAGCGGGAGCUGAAGAUCCUCCGCCAGGAGUUUUCGAAAGCCGAGUCCAUGUUCCAGACGAGCCUCAGAGACAUCUCGACCGAUUCCUCCAACUCUGCGGUGGAGCUGGCCUCCUUGAAAGCACAGCUGGUUGUGGAGCAGUCCAAGGCUGCGAAAUGCCAAAGCGACACCGCGGCCAAAACCACGAACCUUUCGGCGAAGCUCCAAGUGGAGCAGCGCAAAAGCGAAGCUCUAGAGACGCGUCUCAUCCAGGCAGAAGUGAUCCAUCAAGAGCAGAUGGGCGAAAUCACGGACUUUCUGACAGAGAAGCAGCAAGAGCUUCGUCUUUCUGACGCGGACCUGAUGGAGAUGAGUGCUGGGCGGUUUGCUUCCGGUUCCACUGGGCCGAGUGAGAUGAAGGAGUUGAAGGAAAGGCUGGCAGAGGAGCAGGCCAAGGUCUCGCAGGCGGAGCGGAAGCUCGUGAAGAGCUGGUCAGACCAGCGAGCGAUCGACCUGCAGUGGCAAGCAGAGGUGGCAGCCCGUGAUGAAAGGCUGAAGGAAGUCCAAAAGGACCUGGCAAAAGCAGAGUGGUGGGCCUCACUCUCCAAGCGUUCUCCUCAACACAAGGAAAUCCUCGACAUCAAGGAAGAGCUGUCCAUGGAGCAGUCAAGAGCCUCUCGUGCGGAGAGGAGACUGGCCGAAGCUCAGGACGCUGCUCGGCUGCUUGAAGAGAUGCAAACUCUUCAGGACGCCCUCAAUCACGAGGAGGCCUGCGUGUUGCAGAUGAAGACGGCUCUCAUUCACGCUCAAGCGCAGCGGCAGCUCACGGCGGAGGUCGCCACACAAAUCCAGGCAGCAGCGGAUGCGACGGCCAAGGGGAACUUGGAGCAGCUGAGCUGGGAGUAUGGGAGGCAGCAGCGUGAGCUGCAGAAGGUGACGUCCGAAGAAGCAGCAGCAGUAAAGAUGCAGGCCAGGACACGCGGGAAUCAAGCACGCAAGCAAGUAGCGGUCAUGAAGGCCAACAAGAAGGCAGAGAUUCAAUCGACUGAAUCUGCCGAAGACCCGAAAUCUGGCACCACGACAGGUCCUCCCAGCUCCACACCUCAAGAGAGCAAGAAACAAGACAAGGAUCAGAAGGCUCUUGACUCCGAAACCCUCGAGCUUCGCAGCAAGCUGACGACUGCGUUGACAAACUCGGCUCAGAGUGGCGCUCUCGCAGAAGGGUUGGAGAAGGUGUACGGGCAACCCUCCCGUGCCGUGCAGACGCUUCGAAAGGAGGUGGCGGCCUUGAGACAGAAGCUCUCGCUGGCGGAGGCCUCCAGGGCCGUGACGCCAACGUCGACGCCGAUGUCACGAAGGACUCCUGCGAAGAAGAAGCUUCAGCAGUCGCCAAGUUCUGCUGCUUGGCACAAGCCACUGAAGGUAGUGACAUUCGUCUCGAUGAGUGCUCGACCCGGUGGUGAGGUGCGUUUCGCCAUGGAGGACGAGGCAGCCGAGGCAGCAGCAAAGCGCAGCAAAUGGGCGGCUUGCGGCUUUUAUCCCCGCCACCAGGCCCAGGCAGCUUCGCCCGCUUCCGCUUCCGCUUCCGCUUCGGGAGUGCAGGCCGGUCCUCGGCGGGGGAAGUCCCUGGGUCGGGUCACCGCUGUCUCUGAGGAUGCGAAGGUGAAGCAGUCCGAGGCAGAGCCGCAGAUGUAG